UGUAGAGCGACGUUUCAAUGUAGUUCACGGUUUUAAAUUGAACGGUUCAUUUGGGAUUGCGUGCGGUAAUAAAUUCUGAAAAUUAAAUAAUCAUUCGGAAUUAAUUUGGUGAAAAAUAAACGAACUACGACAAACUUACAGAUAAGCAAAAUGCAAUAUUUUCUGUUUGGGUCUGCAUUAUGCAUCCUGACUUUCAGCAUUCGGAGUCUGAACGGCAAUAGUAUUGACAACAAGUAUCACACCUUUACGACGGCUUCGUCGGAGGAUGUAUAUACAGAACAAAAUAGCAAUUCGAUGCUCUGCAUUGACAUGAGACCUCAGACAACGCUGGACAUGGAAGAGAUUUUAGGUUUAUGGUACGGCAAUGAAAUUAUUAUGCACACACAAGGCGUCCCGGGCGUGUUUCACUACGAGAGUUGUGUGCUGAUACACUUGGCCGAUGUCACUCAACAAAUGAGAGCUCAUAUGCGUGAUUAUUCAAAGAACUACAAUAAUCGGCGUUCAAGCGGUUCGUCGUCCGUGGCGACAAGAGGAGCAACAAAUCAAUAUUAUCAGCAACAAUAUGAACACGAAAUAUCGACCACGAACUACUUGCGCUUGGUUUGGAGCGAGGGCAUUGACGAUUUGGAGUACACUUUCAAUUAUACUGAUUUGAAUCCAGGACAGUGGUUGAACGUUGGAGAACAACGUGGUUCCCUCAUGGCGAUGAAUAAGUACACACAGUUUUCAGGCACGGUGCAAGUAGUUAAGGCCGUUAGUAAUCAGUUGGUUUUAACAUUUUGCGGCAACGAUCUGAGAAGUUCCAUAUACACGAUUGUGCUAAGUCGUACACCUCAAAGUCUAAGUGAAGAGGAAUUAAGAAGCAUACGCAAUUUGUUAUCAAGACGAGGCCUGAAUACUGACACCGUAAGAAAGGUCUGCGAUUCUGCAGCAGCCCAUGUUGCCAAAAAUGUGUCGAGUGUUUUAGUAUUAAUAUGUGGUGCUGUUUUUGCACUCUGGAAGUACUUUUAAAUGUUUAUAUUUUGCUCAUGUAUUAAUUAAUUAGGAAACUAUGUAAGACUUUAAUACUACUAAAUUAAAAUUUAAAUAUCUCUCAUACCAAAUCCCAAGUACAUACUACUUCAACUUAUUUACUACCUAUUGUUAAAUACUCGUCUAUCGCACUAUAUUGAAUUGGACUGGCCAAAAUAUUACAAAUAAAAAUUUUUUUUUGAUAA